AUAUUGUAUGAAAAGGGAUGGAUAUAUGUAACCUGGGUGGAUUGAGGGUGAGUAAAUCAUGGGGUAAUUUUAAUUUUGGCUGAACUAUCCCUUUAAAGGUAGGGUAACAGAUUUGAUCCUGAAACAUUUUUUGUUAUGCUGGUUAAAAGUCUCCUUACAUCCUGAUAGCAAUCACUGUGUUAAGUUGUUUAAAUGUAUUUGUAGAAAUUUAUGUCAUCUGUGAAAGGCGUAGGACCAAAAAAUGUUCAACAAAUCAUAGAUUUCGGUCCGAACGGACGUUUCCAUUUUUGUCCCUCAUACGUAAGCAUAAUUUGAAUGCCCACCGCGCAGCGAGUCCACGCAGACACCAUACGUCAUCGGCGCGUUCACGUGCGCUCACCUCCUGCCCAAAACUAAAGGCAUCUUUUAUAACAACAACAGCAAAAACUGCCUGUAUCAGCAAGAGCAAAAACCCAAAUGAACAUCGGUAACUUUACUGCUUUACCACGAGAUGCAAACAGCUGCAGGACGCAAAGGGUCUGAAAGAGUCGUUGCACAGUUUAUUUUGGUAAGGUAGGUACGCGAUAUGUUUGUAUUGAGAUGGAUUCAGAUAUUCUACUUUGGUGAAACAUUGUGUUGCUUAUGAAAUUUGUGUUCGUUUACGGAUUAGCGUAGUUACUACGUCUACACAACCGAACGUGUGCUUAAACUAAUUCUGAUGUAAACCAGUUAUUUGGUUAUUUUGGCAGUGUUAUUCGACUUUGUACUGCAAAGUUGUCUCACUGCUGAAUGAGACAUGAGAUGUGACCGUCUGAUCUGUGUGUGUUCAUGUGUUUUGGAAGAGGCGUGACUUUGGAUGGCAGUUUGACUUGAGGGUGGGAUCGGGAUUUCAUUGCUAGGCGGCUACCGUUAGCAUUUUUCAAAAUGUGUUACCCUACCUUUAAGUGAACCAUGGCAGUGAAUUGUGAACAUAUAGUCAUGCACUGAAUGUUCUGCAGGGUUCAUAACAUUACAUCAGGGGUGUCCGAUCUUGCUCCUGGUAGGCUGGCGUUCCUGCAGAGUUUUGCUCCAACCCUAAUCAAACACACCUGAUCCAGCUAAUCAGUGAUGCGUGGGUCGUCUUGUAACCCCUGGGCCCGCUGGUAACCCGCGGGUCAGGUUGGGGCGGGUAAAGAAAUUGUUACUCUAUUCCAUGGCGGGUCGGGGCGGGUUAUUAAAAACAAAUGUAAAAAACAUGUAUGUUGCGUCUAAUUCCCUGUAGCAUAUAUUAAAUAUUUGGGAAUAUAUAUUUUUAUAUUUUAUUAGGUUCUUUAAUAAGGUUAAAUUACACAGGCCUACGUGGCAAGUAACUUCCGCAACGUAACUUGCACAACGUAACUUGAUAUACCCAAACCUUUGGUCUCACGUCACUGAAGUGCCAAGUAGCUCCUGCUGUGAACCACAACAGCAAAGCAAACGGGCCAAAUAUUUAAUAAAAGCGGGACAGGCGGGUUGGAAAAACCGACCCACGCAUCACUACAGCUAAUCAAGGUCUUAAACUAGACAUAAAAGAAAUUUUCAAGCAGGUGUGUUGAGCAACAUUUCAGUGUAACUCUGCAGGACACCGGCCCUCCAGGACCGAGCUGGGCAGUGGGCACUACUGCAUUACAUAAAGCAAUAAAAUAAAAAAAUAAAAAAACUUUUUCAGACCCAACUUUGACUUUUUACAUUCAUCCAAAGGUGAACUUAGUGAAAGGACCUACGUGUGGUUUCAGUCAGCCUAUUGAAAUUGGUGCAUGUAAACAUAACUCUUGACCAUCUACUUUUUAUUCACUGUCCUUUAGAUGUUCGACUGGUAAAUGGGUCUGAUCUGUGUUCUGGAAGAGUAGAGGUUUUACAUAAUGAUCAAUGGGGAACCGUCUGUGAUGCUGGCUGGGAUUUAACAGAUGCCUCAGUGAUGUGUUAUAACAUGGGUUGUGGGACUCCUAUAGCAGCACCAACCGGGGCUUACUUUGGGCAGGGUUCAGGAUCUGUGUGGCUAGAUAGCGUGAGUUGUUCUGGAAUUGAGGCAACACUGAAAGAUUGUCCAUCAAAGGCAAUAGGAACAAGCACCUGCAGCCAUGGACAAGAUGCUGGAGUCGUCUGUAACCGUAAGCUUAAACUCUUUGUGAUAAAUAUUGUAUGUAGUUCGAAAAAAUAUAAAGGAUAUAUUUGAGCAUUUUUAAUAACAUGACCUUGAUUCAUUUUUAGCUCCUGUUAGGUUGGUGAAUGGUGAGAACUCAUGUUCUGGACGAGUGGAGGUUCUUCAUGAUGGAGUAUGGGGAACAGUGUGUACAGAUUACUGGGGUACUAAAGAUGCUACUGUGGCAUGUAAAGAGUUGGGAUGUCCUACCGGUGCUGAAGCAAAAUCAUAUUCCUACUUCGGACCUGGUGUGGGAGCAUUAUGGAUGGAUAAUGUUCAUUGUAAAGGGAGUGAACCGACACUAAGAGAGUGCAGAUUUAAUGGAUGGGGAAUUAACAACUGUGACCAUUCAUAUGAUGCUGGAGUCAUCUGUCGAGAUGUUAGACUGAUAAAUGGAUCUAAUCUGUGUUCUGGAAGAGUGGAGGUCUUAUACAAUGAUGAAUGGGGAACCGUCUGUGAUGCUGGCUGGGAUUUAACAGAUGCUGCAGUGGUGUGUAAUAGCAUGGAUUGUGGGACUCCUGUGGCAGUAAUGACUGCGGCUUACUUUGGGCAGGGGUCAGGACCUGUGUGGCUGGAUGAUCUGAGUUGUUCUGGGUAUGAGCUAUCAGUGAAAGACUGUCUAUCAAUACCAUUAGGAACAAGCACCUGCAGCCAUGGACGAGAUGCUGGAGUUGUCUGUCGAGAUAUAAGGCUGGUGAAUGGUAUGGGUCCAUGUGAUGGCAAAGUUGAGGUUCUUUAUGAUGAUCACUGGGGUGGAGUUUGUCACACUGGCUUUGAUGUGAAAGCAGCUUCGGUUGUAUGUCAAGAGCUAGGCUGUGAAAACACUGGAGAGCCACUGUCAUAUAUGGGUCCAUUUGAUGGGCCAAUAUGGAUGGGCAAUCUUGCUUGUGCUGGAAAUGAGUUAACAUUACGGGACUGUUCAUUUACUGGAUGGGGUGUGAGCAGUUGUGUAAAUGAUCUUCAUGCAGGAGUUAUUUGCAACAAAAUUAUGAGGCAAGGUGUGGUGAGGAUAACGGUUACAGCUGACGCUGGCGUUGAUGUCAGUAACCCAGAUAUCAUAAAGAAGCUUUUGGACAAGAUAAGCAAAGUGGUUAAAGGUCAAGGGGAUUAUUUGACAAACUGGAAAACACAGCCUAAUGGGAAUGUAUUUCAGGAAAUACCAACGCUGCAGGUACACGUUGCUCUCUAUUUUUACAUGGAUAUGUAUUUAUUCAUUAAUUUACACAAAUACAUAAUGAAAUACUACAAUAUAAAAACUAUUGUGUUGUUUUCACAGGUCGUAACUGAAUGCAAUAAAGAUCAAUAAUCUCUAACUAAUUAUAAAAAUAUAAUGGUAAUCCUAUUAUUUUAGCUUUUGCUUCACUGUCUGUACCCCAUACAGAUAUCUUUUUAAAUACUAAAUAUUGUAUAUAAUAGAAAUAAAAGCAUAAACUGUACUGAUGCAGAAUCUGGAUGGAAGACCGCUUUUAAAGUUUUUACCUAGAUAUACAGAAAAAAUGCCUUAUGAAUUUGUCAGUGUUUCCCAGAAUGUUUUCUCCCUAUAAAACUCCUGAAUCAACUUCAACUUGUUGGUGAUUUACUACUUUUUACAAAAUCAUCCUACAUAAUGUAAAGAACAUUCUGUAAAAUAUAACCUUGAUUGAAUAUUAAAUGAAUAAGGUCAUGUCAAUUAUUUAAAUCAAUAAGUGAAAUCAAACUUUAAUGCACCUAAUCUCAUCAUUAGAUUAUUAGGCUUUAACCUGGAUGUCACAAUCAGGCAUGCAAAUCUAUUUGCACAAAGAAUUUGCUUUCAAAGUAAGAAAAAACCCACUGCUUGUUUUAUCCAAGAAGUCAUUUGAUAGUUAAACAAGAUUUGGUUGAGAAUUCUUUUCCAUUUACACAAAUGAGAGAAUAAAUAUAUUA